AUGAAAGCAACCAAAAGUUCCGAAGAAUACAGGAAAAUACUAAAAGCAAAGCCUCCAAAAACCAUUACCAAAACUCGCUAUCAGGCCUCUACUUCAUCCCAACGAUUUCCUGCAACGACUCGCUCGUUAAACCACAGGGCUCCAUCUCGAUACCAACAGGGAACGAACCGAGAGAGGAGCCGAUACUACAACAAAAGAGCCGCACACAGUACAACGUUGGCUUGCGGCUAUGGUGGCAGUUUUGUAGGGACAAAAAUAUUAAUAUGUAUGCAGCGACAAUACCUUCAGUACUGA